GUUCCGGUUUCACCCUCUCCCCCCCAUAAAAUCCCGCCUGCACUGUGCGGUGAGGUGGGUGUUUGAGGACAAGAAAAGUCUCCCGACUCCCCACUUGCUGGCAACUGGAAUAAAACUCCUUUCCUUCACCCCAGCACGUGUCUCUGAGUUUGGCGACAGGCAGAACCGGACUUGGCCUCCGGUCAUUUCUUUGCAGACUUGACGAGCCAUAGCCAGGAGCAAGUGGGAGCCCCCGGUAAGUCCCCAGAUUUCGGAGGGGGUCCCCUUGGCCGCCGGGGGCUGAGAUUUUGAGAGUCCCCAGCAGCUGCCGGGUGACUUUACCCGGGGACUGUCUCUUUCCUGGGCCAGUCGCCUAUGACGCCCAGCUGAGGGGAGGAAACGGGUUACUGCGGGCUGACUGGGAAAAGUGCCUGGUGGGCAGGACCAGAAACCCGCUCCCCCCUGCCAUCUGGGUUCAUUUGAUGCAUCUGGGGUUCCGUGGGAACCAAUUGGCGCCACUUGGCGGGUGGCAAGGCUUUGUGAGAACACUCAGUCCCCCUUCCCCUUGUACGGGGGUCUGUGAGGAGUACUUGCUCUGGUCUGGUUGUAUUUGGAUUUCUGGGUUCUGGAUGCUUCUCUGAUGGUGAGAAGGCAAGUCGAGAGCAGAUAAACCUCCUUUGCUUGCACCACUGUAACUACGCCAGCGCUGGUUUCUUGCAUCAGCCAACUGCCCAAACUGCAACGGAUGUGGAAAGUCCCCAACUUACCCAGGAGCUUACGGGUAAAAGACUAGAAACCCGCUGGCUCAGGGUGCUCAGCCUCCGGGGUGACGCUGCUGCUGUCACAGUUGUGUAGAUUGUGUAGGGUUCUUGAUCGUGUUCCUGUUUGUGUUUCUAGGCAGGGGCAGCCCUACUUGGUAAAACUGCGUCCUUCCCAGUCCACUGGUUCUGCCCUUGGCUAGUAACUAUGGGAACAACGCAGUCCAUCCCGAAAGACGGCCCCCUCGGCCGCAUAUUAGAGAAUUGGCAUCUCUAUGGAUAUCCGCCAAUGACAAAGAAGAAAAUGAUUUCCUAUUGUAAUAAGGUCUGGCCUACGUAUGUUUUGGAGUCCCAAGAGCGAUGGCCCCUGAAUGGCUCUUUGAAUUACUAUACUAUUUUGCAGUUACGGUCAUUCUGUGAGAGGUCUGGGAAAUGGGGUGAACUAUGUUAUAUAGAGGCUUUUAUGCGUCUGCACAAGAAGAAUGAUGCAGUCAAGGUGGACAAUAUGUUAAAGGUUCCAUGGGGAAGCUCUCUGAAGCCCCCCCUUGCAGACAGUAAGCCGAAGCCUCCCCUUGCAGACAGUAAGCCGAAGCCUCCCCUUGCAGACAGUAAGCCAAAGCCUCCCCUUGCAGACAGUAAGACGCAGGAGGGGAAAAAGAAUGAGGAAAGGGCUCUUUCGGCCUCCCGGAACCCAGGGUCACCAAGGCAGGGAGGUGGCGUUUAUCCACCGUUGCCGCCCCCACAGACCCCAGUAGAUCUUAGAAAUCAGGGAACGCAGGCCACCAAGGCCCCUCCUUCGUGUGAUGAGCAAACAGUCUCCCCUUCUAGGACCUCACAGGGCACCCAAUGCGGACCAGCGGCUCCCCAGACUGGAGCAGUGCCAUGUCUGCCGAGACAAUUGCCAACUGGAGGCAUGAAUCAAAUGGGCCAGCCGAGGGAGUAUUACUGGGCCCAUACCCCACUUUCAGUUUCGGAUUUACUUAGUUGGAAAAGUGUUAAUGCCUCUUACCAAGAGGACCCCGAGAAAACAACUGAUUUCAUUGCAUAUGUUUUCUCAACCCAUCAACCUAACUGGGCCGAUGUCGAGGUGCUUCUGAACAUCCUGCUAACAAGUGAGGAGAGAAAACUAGUAAGAGAUAAGGCCAUAGAGGAAGCCUAUCGGCUUUAUGCAGAGAACCCCAGCAGAACCCCUUUCCCAGCAGGGGCAGUGCCUGUUGUAGAGCCUCACUGGGAUCUAACCAGCGGAGGCCUAGUGCACCUGGAGCAUUACAGGAGGUGCAUACUAGAAGGCUUAAGGAAAGGGGUGACUAAGAAAAACAACCUAGACAGGGUACUGGCAAUACAGCAAAAACCUGACGAGGAUCCUGCUGACUUUCUAGAGAGAAUUUACCAAGUCAUCCGGAAAUACACAAAGAUAGACCCCGAAGCAUCUGAAAAUGUGUGGCUAGUCAAUCUGGCCUUCGUCCAAGGGAGUGUCCCACACAUUAAGAACAAGCUUCUAGGGCUGACGGGAACAUUGGGGAUGAAACCGCAGCAGUUGGUCAAUAUUGCCAUGUCUUAUAGCAGGAAGAUGCAAGUGCCGAAGCCGACUAUUAUUGUCUUAGGGCCUGGAUGGGGACAGAGACAAACGAAGUGGAGGAGGCCUCUAGGCCCAAACCAAUGUGCUUAUUGUAAGGAGGAAGGGCAUUGGAAAUACGAAUGCCCUAGACUAGCUCUGAAAGAAUACAGGAAUCAGCGUAGAAACAUGAUUGCAUGGCAUGGGGAUUCCGACUCCGAUGAGGAAUGACGGGACCCAGGGGCUCCCUUGGAUAUACCCGGCCCUGUUCUUAUCUCCCCACAGGGGCCCCGGGUACAACUGAGAGUAGGGAACCAACCCAUAGACUUCCUUGUGGACACGGAGUGAUUUACUCCAUCCACCUCCGUGGCAGCGUCGGGGGUUUCAGGAAAACCCUGGAAAGCAAGCUUUUCUUAAGCCAGUGGUUCUCAACCUUCCUAAUGCCACGACCCUUUCAUACAGCUCCUCAUGUUGUGGUGACCCCCAACCAUAAAAUUA